AAGUGAGCAUCAUUUUUUCCCUUCAGAGUCUCCAGUGUUGACAGCAAUCACAUCUCUUUCUCUUCGUUUUUAGUUGUAUUAUCAUAUAUUUAUAAUCAUUUGAGUUGAGAAAAAUUGGAAGGAAAAAGAAAAGCAAAGAAUUUGAGUCAGACAAGAUGGGCAAAAAACUAUUAAAGGAUUUUUCUUAUACGAUAGAGAUUCAGACAUAACGUGUCCGUAUCUGCGGUUAGAUGCAGUUGAUCAUCUCUCGUAUGUACUUGGCCUGUCUCUCUGCAAAAUUAGAUCGGGGAAUAUAUUGUGUACUUGGCCUCUGUCUCUGCAACAAUCCAUCUCUUUUCAUGCCCUUUCUUUUUAUUUUAUUCUUUAUCAGAAACCUGUUCUUUUCUUUGAUUUCUUUUUUGUGUCUUCUCAAUAAUUUUCUUUUGUCUCCCUCUCUCUUUCUCUGUCUAAAUAUAAACAACUUUCUCCGAUAUUUUACACGUUUAGCUUUUGUAUUCACAUCCUUCCUCCUUGUUCUUCACUUUCUUGAAACAUACAACAGUUUUUUUUCUUUUUUUCUUUAAAAGUAAUUGCUAUGUUAUAUUAUAGGGUUUGUAUUCAUGAAAUCGAUACCGUGUUUGUUUGCUAAUAUAUUUGUUGUGGGUUCUUACCCCCUUUUUUUUUUCCAGGUCAUGUUCAGAAAAGAAAGAACCAUGACCUCAUCAGAGUGUAAUGAAUUGAACAUCAAAACUAGUGGUUUCAUUUGUUAACCUGAAACUGAAGUCAAGCUGUUGUCUUUACGAAGUUCCUAUACACUGCAACGAGUGAGGGUUUUUAAAAAAAAAAUUUAUUUGAGGUUUGAGAUCAGGCAUGGCGACGUACAUUCAUGGGAGCUCAGAAUUCCAAGCUGCUCCUGCGGCGUCUGAUGGGAUGCAAACACUCUAUCUCAUGAACCCAAACUACGUACCUUAUUCUGACACACACCAACCAGCGACUGCCACAAACAUGUUCUUCUUGAACCCCGCCGGUAACUCGCUAAACCCCAUAAGCUUGCCCCACGCGCCACCUUCUAACUACAACCACUUCCUCGGUCUGCCUCUCCCGUCACCAACUCCAACCAUCGGACCUUCCAAUUCGGAUGAACCCAACCGUCCACCACCCCUUGUCUCCGGCGUUCAACAUAAUUUAUGGGGCUCAAGUAUUGAUAAACAGAAUUCAUCGCCUGGAAGUAGCAGCCAUCCUCAGCUCGUGUCGGCAGUGGCUACGGCAGGUAACUCGGGUGGGCCCCUCGACGUUAUUUCGCAGUUGGGGUUACGUCGGUCGGGGGUGUCACCGAGGCAAGGCUUGUCCCUGAGUCUAUCAUCCCAACAGGUGCCUUACAGGUCAAGUAACGUCGAAACAGUUAUCCAAGGACAACCUGAAGUUCCUGUUCCACCAACAACGUCACUAGCUGCAGAUGAUAUGAGGAUAUCUGGGAGUUCACCGUCGACAGUUUCUGUAGUUUCGAAUGGGAUUUCCGGGGUUCAAAGUGUAGUUUUGGGAUCAAAAUACCUGAGAGCAGUACAAGAGCUCCUCGAUGAAGUUGUUAAUGUCGGGAAAGGGAUAAAGACUGACCCGUCUGGAGGGACCAAGGAGAAGACAAAAGCGGCCAAAAAAGAACCGGUGGCUGCUGUGAACGGAGACGGUUCAAGUGCCGGUGAAAAUGGGGUUGAACCCGGACCUGAGCUCACCACAGCACAAAGACAGGAACUUCAGAUGAAGAAGGCAAAACUUGUGAACAUGCUUGAUGAGGUGGAGCAAAGAUACAGGCAGUACCAUCAUCAAAUGCAAACGGUGGUCGCUUCAUUCGAGCAGGCAGCUGGGUUGGGUGCUGCGAAAUCAUACACCGCCCUUGCUUUGCAGACAAUUUCGAAGCAGUUCCGCUGUCUUAAAGAUGCAAUAUCUUGUCAAACUAAAGCCACAAACAAGAGUUUAGGGGAAGAGGAUUGCUUAGGUGUUAAAAUGGAGGGUUCAAGACUAAGAUAUGUCGAUAAUCAGAUUCGACAACAGCGGGCGCUGCAGCAGUUGGGAAUGAUCCAACACCAUAAUGCUUGGAGACCCCAAAGAGGAUUGCCUGAACGAGCUGUUUGCGUUCUUCGUGCAUGGCUUUUCGAGCAUUUCCUUCAUCCUUACCCUAAAGAUUCAGACAAACACAUGCUUGCUAAACAAACAGGGCUUACAAGAAGCCAGGUGUCGAACUGGUUUAUAAAUGCUCGAGUUCGGCUCUGGAAGCCAAUGGUUGAAGAAAUGUACAUGGAGGAAAUCAAGGAACAAGAGAGGAACACUAAUGGCAGUGAAGAGAUCAAUGCUAACAAAAAUGAGCAGCAAAUGGAGACAGGGUCUAGCUCAGGUGGCCAGACUAUGGAUCAAGUUAAAGCUCAAUCCAAGCCUAGAGCCAUCAGCCAGAAUAACAAUAAUAGUAUUACUUCCCAUGCCGAUCAAUUUUCCAACUCCACAAUCUCCACAUCUCCCAUGGGAGGGUCCCUUGUGCAACAAACAUCAUUCAAUCUCAUUGGGUCAUCUGAUCUCGACAGGGGGCCGAAAAAGCCAAGGAAUGAGUUGCAGAAUUCGGCUUUCGGCAUCCUUCCAAUGGAGAUGGAGAUGAAGCAAGGUGAAACGAGGGAAAUCAACAUGAGGUUCGGUGAUGAAAGGCUAUUCAAAGACCACAGUUACUCCUAUUUAAGUGGGACUGUUUACAGUUCCAUGCGAGAGGUUGGGAGGUUCAACCAUGGGCAACAGUUGCCACCAGGAUUUCAUGGAAACAGUGGCGUUUCCCUCACCCUUGGCCUUCCCGAUUGUGAGAACCUCUCUCUCUCCGGGAACCACCAAAACUUCGUACCAAACCAGACUAUUAAUGAUGUAGAAGGAGCAACCCAAUCUGACUUUUGCGCCAUCAACACCCAACCACAACCUUCUCAUUCCACCACAUAUGACACCAUGGAGAUGCAAAGCAGGAAAAGAUUUGCGGCGCCUUUGUUGCCUGAUUUUGUGGCCUGAAUUACAAACUCCAUAAUCCCAUUGCAUUUCACUUCUUUUUCCUUCCCCAAAACACUUUGGGUGGAGUUUAAAUCAUGACUCAACAACAUGAAUCAACCAAAUAUCCGUUCCAAGUCCCAGUUUCUAUUUAUAUCAUGCUUGCUCUACUUUUAUAGGAAGAAGGAGAUCUAGUUAGUUUAUAUAUAGGUAAUACACUUAUAUAUAUAUAUAUAUGAAGGUCAUUAAUAUGUUUUUGCAUGGUUUAGGAUUAAAUUACUUGUAAGAUUGCGCAUUGUAUAUCAUUAUCUUGCUGAUACAUUUGGAAAUUGAUAUUUGAAAGAUUUUAUAUGUGGAUAAACAA